GCUCAGUCAGCGUCGCGUCCACCCAGCAGCUCCAGGACUGGACUGACUUUGUGGCUUCACUCCGGCACCCAGCGAAGCUCGGCUCAAGGGAUAAAGGCUGAGAGUUGAACUCAGAGCUGGGGGCGGACAUUCCCCAGUUUGUUUGUUUUUUCUCUCUCUCUCUCUCUUUGAUUUGCGGCGUUCCUCUUGUUGUUGCCGCCCGACGGAACGGGAUUCAACUUAAGCGAACCCGCAGACAUUUUGUCAUUUCUGAGAAUUUUUCCCUGCUCAUCUUCACUUUCUUUUUCACCAGUGUCGCCGCAGCUGCGUGUGAGAACAGAGACACAUCUACGGGGCCAGCAUAAGAAAAAGGGGGGGAAUUAGCUACGUUCGCUUCAUCCAAACGCCGCUGCGUGUGCAAAGCCUCAUUAAUUUACUUGCGUUGAGUCGCGCGGCUGCCGCUUGUGCGUUCAGGCGGAAAGCUUCACAACAGCGAUGAAUCAUUUGUGACUGACAGCUCUGGGAGAAUCUGUUAGCUUUAGCCGGAGAGAAAUGCCCCCCCGCUCACACACACAGUAAACCCGGGGCCCGGACAGGCACCGCUGAAUGAUCUUACAUCACCCCGAUAACACCACUUAUAUUCGGAAGGGGUCCGCUGUCGACCGUUAGCUCGUGAUCCUGCUAACGCUGGACAGCUCCCGUGAAGGCUGAGCUAGCUUUGGACAAAGGAGCAACAGCAAGAGGACAACAUAAACAUUUGACCGUGUUUGAGAAGGACUGCAACAAACAAGGAACUGACAUGAUGUUUCCACAAUCAAGACACUCAGCCUCAUCGCAGCAGCUGAAAUUCACAACCUCUGAUUCCUGUGACAGGAUCAAGGAUGAGUUCCAGUUUCUUCAAGCACAAUAUCACAGUUUGAAGCUUGAGUGUGACAAGUUGGCCAGUGAGAAGUCAGAGAUGCAGCGCCAUUAUAUCAUGUACUAUGAAAUGUCGUAUGGACUCAAUAUUGAGAUGCACAAACAGGCGGAGAUAGUAAAGAGAUUGAAUGGGAUCUGUGCACAAGUCCUCCCCUACCUGUCUCAGGAGCACCAGCAGCAGGUUCUGGCAGCCAUAGAGAGGGCCAAGCAGGUCACCCCUCCAGAGAUGAACUCUAUCAUAAGGCAGCAGCUUCAGGCUCACCAGCUGUCCCAGCUCCAGGGCCUGGCCCUGCCCAUGACCCCCCUGCCGCUGGGCCUGAGCCAGCCAACCCUCCCCGCCGUCACCACCUCCUCCGGCCUUUUCUCCCUCUCUUCCCUCCUGGCUUCCCAAGCCCAGCUGGCCAAGGAGGAGAAAGCGUCUCGUGACGGCGUGGACAGCCACCGCGAGGAGGAUGGAGACAAGUCCGAUUAGACGGCGUCCUCGCUCAGCUCUGUUUUUACCCAGAGACCCGAGUCCCCCAAACCCCACCCCACAGCCUCAAGCCUCUCCUCUGGCCUCCCUUCUUCUGACCUUAUAGGAAAUAGGCUUAAAUCUCAUCACUGCAGCUCCAGCUUCAGAUCUCCAGCCACUCCCACUGCUGGGAGAGUUUCAGCACUUGCCACCUGAUCUUUUCAGAUUCAGCUACUGGAGUGGUUUUUUGCAUCCACUUUUAUUUUUAUUCCUGCAAGACUGUCUCCCUCUGAUGUAUCUCGUGUCUUUACUUCAAACGCUGUCUCUUUCUUAUAUGAGAUUAGGUUCCAUUUUUUUGCCUCCUGCUUUCUAUAUCUGUUCCUUCCUGCCUUCCUGUUUCAGUCUCCUCUCAGUUCUUAUUGCUGUUCAGUCUGGGGGUUUCUUUUCUCCCUCUCAACAUGCUACUCCUCCUUCAGAUCUCCUCUGUCCUCUUGCCUUUGUUCUAUACAGGUCACUGUUUUCCUGGACUGAUCUGUAAGACUGAAAACACCAUCCUGUAGGUGUUAAACCCGACAAACAGUUGAACACAGGGAUUCUUUGGCAAGCUGCGAAACUUGUCAGACACAACACAGGAUUUCUUUUUUCAAGAAACUUUUCCAAGAAAAAGUUUCUCCGAGGCCGACAGUGUUGAAACUUUGUCAUUUGAGAUUGCAUGCACUCAUUUUGAGCUAAAGGUGGGCUGUGAGUUUAAUCAGUUGAUUGUUACAGAUCACAGAAAUAUUUGGAUAGUGCCCUCCUCAUGCCCUGACUAGAGACAGAAAUGUCUUAAAAGCUACACUUUUAUCUUAGCCAAAAAACUCUGCUUUUAGAGUAGAAUCAUUGUAAUGAAAUUACUUCUUCAGUCGAUAAACUACAGUUUGUUUAAAAUCUUCAGUUUGUAUGAAAAAAGAAAAAAAAAGCACUUUCUGAUAGCAGACGUCACUCAGAGAGCUAUUGACUGAAUAACAAACCCUGAAUUAAGUAAUCUCCCUCAAACCACAAUCCCCACCGGACCCCCCGAUGUACCGUGGAUGAACAGACACUGUAACCCAAAAGCAUCCUUGAACACAACUGAGGACACACAAUGUGCAACAAAGAUAAUGCCAUUUCAAAUCCACACACUGCAAAGUUUUUCUUCCUCCAUCGUGCAGUAAUGUUGGAGCACAGACUACAGACCGUGUGCAUGUUGUGUGUUUGACAGCAGAGGGCAGCGUGUGUCUUUGAAUGCUCCUCGCUGGGUUCACGCUUGAGCAAAAUCAGGAUGAGAAUAAAAGGAACGACAUGUAAAUUGUCACUCUGAGCGUACAAAUUAAAUUUCAUACUCGGACACUCACCCGGUGAUGUUAAUUUCUGGUCACUCUUGCAGUCGGAUUUUGAGAACGUUCUGCUCUCUUUUACUUUAAUUUCCAAUCGGUCUACUUUACAGUACAAUCUGUCCCAGAGCUAAAAAAAAAAAAAAACUUUUAUUUACCAUUGAUAUCGUGAACGUUAUGAUUCCCUCUGCGUGCGCAGGUCUGUCAUUUAUCAGACUAAUUCCUCUAUGGUCUGGUUCUAGAGGCAUCAUUCAACAGCCUCAAAACUCUUAUCAAGAAUGAGUAUUGAAAGUCACAAGAAUGAAGCACAAGCAGAUUUCCUCAGUUCUUCGAAUUAGAAGGAAGAAAACAAAAAACUCCCCCUCAGCUUGAAAGGUGCAGCGCACUCAGAGUUGUUGCCAGAUUAGACCUCCAGUCUAAUGGAAGGUAAAUUAACAGCAGUUCUCUGCUAUUUUAUGAAUGCUCGAACAUUUAUGCAGCAUUUUGUAUUCUGAAAAUGGAAAAAAAAAAAAAACAGUGCCGACCCCAUUUCCUUGCUGCGCUGGGACUUUUCUGAACUUCAAAUAAUUGAUCAGUGAUUUGAUGAAUAGAUAAAAUAAUCAGAUCGGAAGCGGUUUCUGCAGGGUCAGUGACAAGGGUGGCCAGUAUGAGAAAAUAAAAUGUUUUCGUAAUUGCUGAAAGGCAUGCAUCCUGUUUGAUAAAACCUUCAAUUUGUUGGUUUUAUGUCAACCGAGGUACCUUUUUAACAUGAAAUGAGAUAAUCUGGUGAAAUGUCAUAUCGACUCUUGUUUGCAGAAGCAAAUACUUCUUUUUUCAUGUAUUCAGUGUUUAUAUGAAUAUAUCGGAGUAUUCACUGUUAUUCAUAAUGCAACACAAGUGCUCAGUUUCAGCGAUAUCUGGAUCCAUCAAAUGCAGCAGGAAUCCAGGAACACUCUGAAGUCUAGUUUGUACUUGACCCUGCUGUCCCAUUAGAGAUCUAAUCAGGCAACACAGUGUAAUCCCUGUGCGUGCAUGUGGACUGUGGGCGCGCAGGGCGGUUUGAUAUAGAUCUGUUAAAUCAGCCAUGAUGGCUCCUUUAAAAUGUUGAGAUGCAAUUGAAGUGGAACUGCUUACACUCACACUAAUCACACCUCAAUAGCGUCGGAGUACAACGCUAAAGAGAGGACGGUGUUUCUGAAAUGCCUCAUUCAAUGGAGGUCUAUGCCUAUGGAGUGUUAAUACAAAACAACUUGUGAAUAAACUCUUGUUUAAUACACAAGGACAGAAAAAAAACAUCUCUUUUGCUCUGAUCUCACAUCUGAAUGGCUUCACUCAUUUUGGUUGGUUCAGUGUGAAAUACAUGUUUUAUUUUACAAACAACCACUACUCUGAGUGUCGAAGCACAUUUUAUGGUCAAAGCAACUUGAAGACAUUUGCUUCUUGAGUAACAGCAUCUCACACAAGUUUGAUACUUUGGUGAAAUUACAGUUGCAUAUCGGGAGAUUUUCAUCAUGCUCUUAAAAUUCAGGUGAAAAUAUGUUGGUGGCAUUGUUUGGAUGGCUCAUCUGUUGCCCAUCGUUGUAUAUGUCUGUGAAUACAUAAAGGAGGCGUGUAUAAACGGCUGUACAGGUCUGAUCGUCAGUGAUAAACCAGGUGAAAUGCGUUGCUGUUCUUGCCACUUCUAAGGUUAACAUGCUAUCCUGCUUGUCAGUUCAGCUUGCAGCACGUUCUCCCAUCCAGCCACACGCUGCAUGUAUCUAGCUACAAACUGUACUCGUUGUAGAGAUAUGCAGAACGUGUAGACGAAGCAAAACACACACCAACACACAUCAAUGCAUGUCUGCAGAGGAACCGAGAUUUAUUUCUUUCUAAUGGAGACAUUUUUUUUUAAGAAUGUUUUAUCCAAACAUGCACUUAUUUUUCACAUUUUCUUCAUUUUUGAAUAUUAAUCGAUAUGAACUCGAAAGAGAAUUGCAGAGCUGAUGUUAUAAACAUACAAAUGAAAUCCUAUGUAUUUGUUCAAGUAGUUGGAGGCUCUGACCUCUGUAUACAGUUCUACAUAGAAAGCUUUAUGUGUGUAUGGCUGCAUCUUCUCUUGUCUGUCCUGGAUGACUCUUGUACUAAUUGUGUUACAAAGCUGAUGUGACACUGGGGUGGGGGGACCGCAGUAUGUUGACCUUUCACCCUUUGGCUCCUUUCUCUCUUUUCUGAACCCCACCCUCUUGCUCUUUUCCUGCCCAGCCCUUCUUUAUACCCUUUAUUCCCAUGCAACAUCCCCUCUCCCUAACUUCUUCCCCUCAUAGCGUGAAGCAUUGUAAGCAUUUUGAGCUUUGUAAAAGUCUUUUUUUAAAUACUUAUUUUGUGUAUAAUGUAAAACCUGAAAAUGUGUACUUUGGCAAAAAAAAAAGAAAAAAAAAGAAAGAUGUUUUGUGUCUGAAAUCAUAGCUUCAUUUAAACAAACAAUGAAAGAAACUU